AUGGUUACAUCCAUAUAUAAGGUCCGUAGACGGCUUUGCUCGUAUGCAAACGGCAACGACUACUCCCUGUCUACCUUCGCUGCAUUCCAAUUUGCCAUGGUACUCAGCGACUGCAUCCUCGUCAGCUGCUGCCAUCCUCCAGGAGCGCUCGACUGUCUGGGGCAGUCACUGCAAUUCCGCUCGAUGUGCCAUCAUCAGCUCCUUACGAGAGGUUUUGCAACAACAUUUCUGUCUGUGCGAUGCAUGAAAACGGAUUUAUGUGCUUUUCGCAAGGGGCUAAUAGAUACUGCUAUUACACUGCGUGCGCACCUAGGUCGACAUACGCUACCUGCCACGAAGCAGGGUGUUCGUUUCAGCGGUUUCGCUUCGCAUCAUCAACACCCCGAUAAGAUGGGUAAUUACUUUGACGACGCGCCUUACGAGGACUCUGAUGUAACUAUUUUCGACCGUAUUGUGAACGGAAGUAUACCGUCUCAGAAGGUGUACGAAGACGACAAGGUGUGUUGGUGCCAUCUGCGGUUUAUCUGUGUCCAGAUUCUGGCGUUCCGUGACAUAAACCCCGUCGCCCCGGUGCACAUUUUGGUGGUUCCUAAGGUGCGAGGCUGCCUAUCGCGUCUGAGCCGCGCCACUGCAGAGGACACUGAAAUCCUCGGCCACAUGAUGGUGAAGGUAGCAGAAAUCGUGCGUGAUAACGACGUGGGCGAUUUCCGUCUGGUGGUGAACAACGGUCCCCAAGCUGGCCAACAAGUGUACCACCUUCACAUGCACAUCAUUGGUGGCCGCGAAUUGAGCUGGCCUCCAGGGUAA